AAACCGCCAGGCGCCUCUGUGCGACAGGGCAGGCCCGCCGGGCCCCCGCAGCCAGGGCCGCUUUAGUCACACUGCUCUGGCCUGGCGGCUGGCCUCGCCUGAGCGCUGCAAGAGCUUUCUCUUGGGCCCAGAAGACCUUCCUUCUCCCUCUUUGGCAGAGCAGAGGUAGUUGCCCUGAACUUUGCCAAAGGGAACCGGUUAAAUCUAGCGGAGUCCGUCAAAAACAUCCCAACAAACAAUAGACGUCCGCGGAGCAGAGAGGUCUCUUAAUGGCGUGUGUAGGCACCAUAGGGAUCGGGAUCCCGGUUAAGAAAUACUAAGUUGACAUAAAUUCUGGUUACCGAAACGGUGUUUGCUUUUACUUUCGUAAGUUGCCAAACUUUCCUUUUCAUUUGAGCCGAAAGAAAAGCACUUUUCUUCCCGCGUUACAUAAGGGAGAGUUAAAGGAACAGUGUCCCAGUGAUUAAAAUAAAUGGUGCUUUCCCAUCUCCUGUCCCAGUGGGUGUCAGAUGGGUGUGUGUGUGUGUGUGUGUGUGUGUGUGUGUGUGUGUGUGUGUGUGAAUUUAAUUCUCCACAGGAGUAUUGGCCAGUCUGUCCUUUCCACCGAUCAAUUUUUCUUGGUUUGACUGAAAGGUCGGACUGCUUAAACUUGAGGCCGCUGGCAAAGUGCAAGGCGGGCGCGGGAUUUUGGGAGGCAGUCCCCUGCCGCCCUGCUAUCUUCUGGAUAGGGCAAUUUCCAAGAACCCCGAAUUAUCCAGUCCCUGGGAAAACAGACCAGACCAGAUCCCCUUAAAGGAUGGAUUGUGCAGGAGCAAAGCGGCUAGCGCGAUUUCCCGAACUUUUCUUGUAGUUUAGAAAGAAAGCCUAUUUCUUAGUGGUCGGCCGGCCAGCUGCCUUUCGGGUGCUUCCCAACCAGGAAGAUCAACCCCCCAUUUUGUUCAGACAGCCAGUAUGCCCCGGGAGCGAUGAGAGAUUUACAAGGUGCCCUUUCGAAAACAAUUCCCAACAGAGACGAGGCCGAAAUUUCUCCUUUACUAUUACAACUAAAAUAAUUUUAAAAGGCGAAACGUACAUUUUACAAUGGCGAGGUUCAAACGAAUUCGGGCCACAGAAGUCUCUGAGGCGCGGCCUCGGUCACUAAAUUAAUUAGUCAAAGAAACAAGCUUUUAGUAACUUUUUUAGGGUUCCGACUUCGUUUUUGUUAACCUGGUAACUGGAUCCUUUUUAAAAUGGAAGACGAAAGGUGAUUUAUUUAUUAUUUUUACGAAUAUUUUUAACUGAAAAUUUGAAUACAGAUGUGAGCCAUUUGGGAAUCCUGCCUCUGUGCUUGUGGGGGAGGGGGUCUGCUGCCAUUGUGGUGAGGUAUGGAAGGUCGGUAGGAGGUUUGUGUUGUUGUUUAAUUUUGUUUUCUCUUUAAACUAAAGGGAAAAUAAAAUUCCUCCCCUAAGAUGUUUGUGUUACCUCCAGGUCUCCUACCGGGUUCUUGGAAAGUAAAGCUAAAUCCAAACCCUCAGAAGAGGCCUAGCUUUCUAACCUUUAGGAUCCGGUAUUUGGAACCCAAAAGAUAAAAUUGUGAGUGAACGUCUGUCUGGGCAAUUUAUGGUAAUAAUGAGGCCUAAUGAGGCUGUUAGAAAGAUAAAAUGUUAUUUACCAAAAAACCUGAUGGGAUAAUUUGACUUGCUGUGUUUUACUACUGAUGAUAAAAAGAAUAUUGAUUGCAAAUAAAUCAUGGCCUCUAAAUGCCUGCAAACAGUUUCUGUUUGCUCGGCUGCAGAUCAAAGUCAAACUUAAGAGAUAAAGUAACCAAGAAGAGGCCCAGGAAACUGAACCGGUUCCCCUGAGCUGCAGCCUGUGGCUCCAGGGCCUGAUGUUAAUAUUUUACCGGAUAAGCUCUCCUUUUGUAUUUUUUUAAAAUGUGUUUUGUCAUUGUUACUGAGGAUGGCCAGGAUUAAAUUUUCAAUUACCUGUCACCACUACAGACCUCGAAGCGUGAGUGAACCAUUAUAUGCAGAUUACUUUGGGAGGCAAAAGGAGGGCUCUGCUUUCAUUUUAAAUUGGUGGUGAAUUUAGACUGAAGAGUGCCUUGGAUGGUUUAUUUUGAUUGAGUCCUUCAGGGUGGAAGGGAGGGAGGGGCCUUGAAUUCUGAGUGCUUCACUUUGGAGAAACUGUUUCAUCAGCCUACAUAAAAGGUUUCCCCCUCCAGCUAGUGGCUCUCAGUAUGAACUCAAGGACAACCCCGGGGUACACCCAGCUACCUUCGCAGCCCACACAACGCCUGCUUAUUAUCCCUAUGGCCAGUUCCAAUACGGGGAUCCCGGACGGCCCAAGAACGCCACGCGCGAGAGCACAAGCACACUGAAAGCCUGGCUCAACGAACACCGCAAGAAUCCGUACCCCACCAAAGGAGAGAAGAUCAUGCUGGCCAUUAUUACCAAGAUGACCCUCACACAGGUCUCCACCUGGUUCGCCAACGCGCGCCGGCGCCUCAAGAAGGAAAACAAGGUGACUUGGGGGGCGCGCAGCAAGGACCAGGAAGACGGCGCCCUCUUUGGCAGCGACACCGAGGGCGACCCCGAGAAGGCCGAGGACGACGAGGAGAUCGACCUGGAGAGCAUUGACAUCGAUCAGAUUGACGAACGUGAUGGCGACCAGAGCAACGAAGACGAGGAGGACAAGGUGGAGGCUCCUAGGGCGCGCGUAGCCCCUCCCGCCCCAGCUCGGGACCAGAGCUCCCCGUUGUCGGCCGCCGAGACACUCAAGUCCCAAGAUUCGCCCUUGGGCCUGGCUAAGGAGGUCUCAGAGCCGGGCAGCACGCGCCUUCUGAGUCCCGGAGCCGCGGCGGUCGGCCUGCAGGGCGCGCCUCACAGCAAGCCCAAGAUCUGGUCACUGGCUGAGACAGCCACUAGCCCCGACGGUGCGCCUAAGGCGUCCCCACCGCCACCCUCCAGCCACGCCAGCGCACACGGGCCGCCCAGCGGCUCGCCCCUGCAACACCCGGCCUUUCUACCCAGCCACGGACUGUACACCUGCCACAUAGGCAAGUUUUCCAACUGGACCAACGGCGCGUUCCUAGCACAGGGCUCGCUGUUGAACAUGCGAUCUUUCCUGGGAGUCAGUGCACCGCAUGCAGCACCUCAUGGCCCACACGUGACCGCACCGCCACCUCCGCAGCUGCCUGUCCAGGUUGCCACAGGGGUGCUCCAUGGUGAGAAGGCCUCGGCGAGUAGCAGUCCUGCGCUUCCAGAGAGAGACCUAGUCACCAGGCCGGAUUCGCCCCCACAGCAGCUAAAGUCGCCCUUCCAGCCGGUGCGCGACAACUCGCUGGCCCCGCAGGAGGGAACGCCUCGGAUCCUCGCAGCCCUCUCGUCUGCCUGAUUAAGGGGGGUCGUCUUUUACUUUUGCGGGGAGAGGGGAGGGGGGAGGGGUUGGGGGGAGGAGACGAGGGAAGAAUUAAGACAAAUAUUUGAGACUUGUGUAAAGGACAAACGUGACCGCAGCGUCAGUGAUUCUCACACAUCGCUCUCUGCAGAAAGGGGCUCAUCCUGCCUAAGAGCUUGGGGAGGGGGGAGUAAGGCUCAGCCUGCCGCUCGGGUUGGUUAUCCGAUUCGGUAAAUGCCUCCCCCUCCGUGUUUGUGUCUUCUUUGUUUCUUUUCCCCCCUUUCUGUAUAUAGCGUGAUUUCAGAUUGUAAAUAGCGCGUCAGCGAACUUGUUUAAAUCAUAUAUUUUUGUCUAAUAAACUAAAUGAAACGA